GUGACCCACAAGCUCUGAAACUUUUUGCAGAAAUUUUAGAGCAUGUUUAUCUAAAACAUGGUCUGGAGGAAGGAGAUGACCAAGAAGAAGUCAGUAAUAUUGAUGCUGAAAUUGCUUUAGAAAGUUUAAUCAAUAAUGAAAAUAAGGCAUUGGAACUGGACUUGAAAUCAGCAGAAGGUUUUGACGAAGCCUGUGAAUUCUGGAAUGAAAAGGCUAGUAACGAAAUCAGUGUUAAAAAGGAUAAGUAUGAAACGUGCAUACAACUUGCUAAUAUGAACUAUGGUGAUGAAAUAAGUAUCAGUCAAGAUAAAAUUUUUGAUAAAAUACGUCAUGAAUCUUGCUAUCGAAAUUAUACUGAUCUUGAAGUUGAAAGAAAGAAA